AUGAAGUCGCGCUGCGCCAAGCAGGACCUCUCGCGCACAACUCCUGAUGUUCUGCGCAGCCGCCUCACGUCUUUUGCAGAUUUCAUAUCGCCGAUUUUCAGCCCUGAUUCUCACGAUGCGAUUUCAAUUGGCCCACAGACGCGGUCUCGCACAGUCCGCUUUUCUGCAGAGAGCCAGCGGCUUGUCCGAGAAGAACACUUGAAGCUCUCGAAUUGCUACCGAUGUUCGCACGAGCUGGACACUUCGCCCGGCAAGUACAGCCUGGACUAUUGGCUCAGGAUACCGUCGUCCUCCCACCACCUUCUUCUGACAUUCGACCGACCCGCAAGAUAUACACUCAGCAAUCACCUAGCACUCACAUAG